AUGAUGCAACAUUUACCAUCGAUUGAAGGAGAACCAUCAUCUCAUCAUUUACUUUUUCCAUUUGAAAAUUCAUUAAAACAAACCCAUAAUAAUACUAACAAGACAGUACAAAUUAAAUUUCAAAGCAAAAGUCUUGAUGAUUUACGAGUACAUCGCGAAUGUCAACGUCAACAAACAGAUGACAAUUAUGUUUCAAAUACAACACGAACAGAAAUGGAUUUGUCUGCUAUUGGAUGUAAUAUGAAUAUAGAUAUUAAUGAAAAACAAUUGUAUGAUGAUAAUAAUAAACAUGACAUACGCGAGCAAAAAAGUCAAUCAGCACCAGUAUCACCAACAAAAAUCUAUGAUAAAGAAUUAGCUACAUUUAUUCAAUGCGAACAAAAAUUAAUUACUGAUAGUUUUGUUUAUAAUAUUGAUCUAUCCGAUGUCAAUGAUAUAACACGUCAACCUCAGGCAAGCACAGCAAUAUUCUAUGAUGAUGAUCAUUUGUCCGAUGAUAUUUCCUCUGAACCAUCAGUUAAUAUUAUUCAUUCAUCUUUAAUUAAUUGUUGUGUAACAAUAGCUGAAGAAAACGAAGAAGAACUUGAACAAUUAAGACGCGAUGAUGAAGAAGAAAACCAAAGAAAACAAUAUCAUCUAUUAAAAAUAAAUGAUGGAUCAAUACCAACAGUAACAUUACAUGACAACGAUGAUCGAGCUGAUAUAUUAGAGAAUGAAAAUGAAUCUGAUAUAACAAUUAUGAAUACUACAAAUAGUUUUGAAAAAACUCAAGAUGAUAAUGAACGUCUUUCAACCAUUUAUGAAUCUCUAAGUCCACAACUUCGAACAGAAGAAGAAGAAGAUGACGACGAUGACGAUGGUGAAGAAGAUAUUUAUGAUGAUGCAUAUGACAAAUUAAUUGUAUAUGAUAUUGCUAAUGUUGAAUCAAUUGAAAAACCCUUGACUACCAAUCCUAAAAUUGAACCAAUUAUGUCUCCGUCUUCCUCAUAUCGUUCUCCAAUUCUUGAUGGAACUCGUAUUCGUUCAUGUUAUACUGAUGCAUCACUUGAACCAUAUUCUACAUCGACUAGUACUCUUUCUGCUUCAAAUUUAUGUGGAACAACAACUAUGAUUAGUUCGAAAGUUUUUACUCCUCCAUUUUUAAAUACUAAUGAAAAAUACUUUUCAUCACCGGUCAUCAAUAAUCAAAAUAAUUCUAUAAAUAAAUCUUUGGUUUCACUUCCAAUAAAACAAGAAUCACCAUCGAAAUCUUCACCUAUGUCAUUAUCAGUUCCAAUGUUACUUUUACCCACAACAACCGAACAACGUACAUGCAUGAUGGAUAAUAAUCAAUUAAUGCUAUUGCAACAUGUCAAAAAAAUGAAAGUAAUUCAAUCUUCAUCAUCAAGUCUGUCAGAUUUUAUCUUACCAGCAUCAUCAUCAACUUUAAAGAGUACAAUACAUUACGAAGAAGUACCAAGUGUCCAUCAUUCACUGACAGAUUGUUCAUCAAUUCAUCGAAUAUCUUGUUGUGCACCCGUUAAUGAUGAACAUCAUUCGACAAGAAAUAAAUCAUCCGCAGAUAAUCAACGUCGACCAUCAUUUACUCGUCGUAUUCUUACAAAUGGUUUACUAUUAUCUCAUUGUUCAAAUAGUAAUCCAAAUCAUCGACGAGCACAACCACCUCUUACAUUUAAUCAAUAUCGCCAUCAAGUUAAACCAAAAAGUGAAGAAAAAUUAUCAUCAUUAUCUUCUCCUAUUACUUUUUCAUCAUCAUCAUCAUCAUCAUCUUCUGAAUCAAGUUCACCAUCAGGUGAAAAAUUAAUGUCUCGAUCAGAUUUUAUUCUUCAACAACAGCAACAGCAACAACAAAACAUAUCUCAACAACGUAAAGCAACUAGUCUGAAAACUAUAGCUGAAACAUCCAAUCAACAACCAUCAAAAAUUCUUUAUCCAAUUGAUUUUCAAACAAAUCAUAUUGAUCAAUCAUGGUAUAAAAAACGCUUAUCACCAUCUCAUCAUAAUAAAGUUCCAACAUCGGAUUCUGGUAUUGUCAUCGAUACAGUUGAUACUCGACAAACAUCCAAGUCAAGUAUUGAAGAAAAUGAUGGCGAUGGUAUUCCUAUUGAUAUUACGAACAGUGGCAAAUUAAAACAAUAUCAAAAUACCUAUCAAAAAACAUUGACGGAUUUGACUAUUAUCAAAAAGAAUAUUGUCGAUAUUGAAAGCCGUCUUUGUGAAGCUAUGAGAGAGCUUGAAAUUGAACGUGCAUUGGUAGAAAGUGAACAUGAAUUAGUAUUUAAACAAAUUUUAAAUGCAAGUGAAAGUGAUCAACAAAAAAUUCGACAUUUAUACAAUGAUUUACAAUUAUUAAUUGAACGAAUAAUGGCAGAAAAGAAUUCUAUUCGAAAUGAAAUUGAUUAUACUCAACAAAUACUUUUUAAACUUGAACAUGAAUUACGUGAACUCGAAGAACAAUGUCGACCAUCUGAUGAUAAAAUUCUCAAAAAGAAAGAAAUUAUUGCUGAGACACGUAAAAAACAUGAAGAUCUCGAAUUUCAAUUAAUGGAACUAGAAACACGUUGUGAAGCUGAACUUGAACAAGCUGAAGAACAUUUUCAAAAUGAACAAAUUAUUGUUGAACAAAAUACAACUAUUCGACAAAAUACUUUACAUGAUCUUGAUCGUCAACAAAAUCUUAUUUUACAUCAAGUUAUUGUUGAAAAAGAAAAACUUGAAAGAGAAAAACAAAAACUUAAAUUAUUAUUUAAACAAAAAAAAUUCGAAGCCAAUGAAUUAGAACAAAAAAUUAAUAAAAUAUCAUCAAAACAAGAAAAUUCUUAUAGCAAUGGUCAUCAUCAACAAUCUAUUAAUAGUGUUUGGUUUAAUGGUAAUACAACAGUUUAUCAUUCAACUCCAUCAAAUCUUUAUAGUCCAAUUAACUAUCCAAAUGGUAUUUCAUCACCAAAAAUGAAUAUCAAAAAUACAGAACAAGAAAAAUUGAAUGAAAUCAAAGAAAUGAUUGCUGUUGCUAAACUUGAAAAAAUGAGUGUUCUCGAACAACAAUUACGUGAACGUUAUAAUGAACUUCUUCAAUGUCAUGAUGAACAUACAAAACGUGUUGAAUUAGAACACAAAUUAGUAAAUGAAAUUCAAAAUCGUGAAUAUCUCAUUCAAUGUCAAGUUAAACUACGCGAAAAAAAUCGAAUGCAGGAACGUCCAUUAACACGUUAUUUACCAAUACGUUCACUUGAUUUUGAUCUUCGUGCACAUAUUGAAGGUGCUGGACAUUUAUUAGAUUCUCCACAUAUUCAUAUAACAUCAACAUCAUGUCGUGGUUUUCUUCUUAAAAUGGGUGGAAUGAAAUUUAAAACAUGGAAUCGUCGUUGGUUUGUAUUUGAUCGUAAACGUCGUUCAUUAUUUUAUUAUCAAGAUAAAACAGAAACAAAAUUACGUGGUUGCAUUUAUUUUCAAUCAAUUGUUGAAGUUUAUGUUGAUCAUUUACAUUCAAUAUCAUUAAGAUCACCUGAACCACGUGAAGCAACAUUUAUUGUUAAAACAAUUGAAAGACCUUAUUAUUUAGUUGCACCAACAGUUGAAUCAAUGCGUAUGUGGGUUGAUGUUAUUAUCACAGGUGCUGAAGGAAAUACUUUCGCUGGAGAAGGUUAA